AUGCUUCAAAGGUUGGGCUUGGAAAAAACAGAAGAUAUAUAUGUUUUCAAAGAAGGGAUGGAUCACGAUAAGAUAAUUGGAAGCAUUGGAGCUGUCUCUGCAGGACUAGAUUUGGGAAAAGAAGGACCGUUGGUACAUAUAGGAAGCUGCAUUGCUUCCUUACUAGGCCAGGGAGGCACUGACAAUUACAAGAUCAAAUGGCAUUGGCUCCGAUAUUUUAACAAUGAUCGUGACCGUCGGGAUCUUAUCACCUGUGGUUCUUCUUCAGGUGUUUGUGCAGCUUUCCGGGCUCCAGUGGGUGGAGUUCUCUUUGCUCUUGAAGAGGUGGCAACCUGGUGGAGAAGUGCUCUCCUAUGGAGAACUUUUUUUAGCACAGCUGUGGUGGUGGUGGUUCUCAGGGCCUUCAUUGAAAUCUGCCAUUCUGGAAAAUGUGGCCUUUUUGGUGAAGGAGGUCUGAUCAUGUUUGAUGUAAGCAAUGUCACAGUGAAGUACCAUGUGAUGGAUAUUGUCAUCGUUGUAGUCAUUGGAAUCAUAGGCGGUGUAUUGGGAAGUCUUUACAAUCAUGUGCUACACAAGAUCCUCAGACUAUAUAAUCUCAUCAAUCAGUAA